GUGCAUAAUUGUUCCGUUGUCACGAGUCUCCCUCAGCCUUUCUCACUCAACGGACUUGCAUGUAAUACUACCGCAAGUACCGAGUCCGACCUGCUCUCAAGCAAGUCUACACGCUGGAUAAUGAUGCUUAUGCAAGGCGUAUCGUCCGAGCGUACAUGCAGACGCGGCGCGCACGGUUCUCACAAUUUUUAGUUUCGUUUCUUCCUCGAAGCCUGGGGCUGCUUAUAAAGUGUGCAGUAACCUCUUUGAACUUAGGCUCAUAUAUCAUGAUAUCCACUUUUGAUAGCUCUCAGAGUUGCAAUGAGUGCUUGGCGUCUUUUCUACGAUCAGAGGCUUUCAGAAAAGAACCCGAGUGGGAUCGAGAUGUGAAGAUAUACUCCUCGACGGUCAAUGAGGCUCAAGAAUUAUAAGUUUUGUCCAUUGAUUAGGCAUGGUACGAUGUUCGUCCGGAGAUACAAAAACCAUGACUCAUGGUAGUAUUUUAUCUAAGCCCCAUUGUUA